AUGGGGUUUUCUUUGGGGAGAAAACCCCAGAGUUCUUCAACAGGUCCAGUCAAGAUUAAAGAUCAAAAACGGAAAGUAAAAGGAUUCGACAAUGAUUCAGACAACGAAGAAGAUAAGGUUAUAUCCAUAGACUCGUUUGAUCAGCAAAAGGGUGGGGCAAUAUCUCAAAAUAAUGCAGUCAAUGUCAAGAAAGUCGAACCACCAUUAGUCAUUAAGCCGACUAACUUGAAUAAAGAGAUACGACACUCAACCUACGUACCCAACAUGGAGCAUCGGCAACCCAUUUCCCUACCUGAUAGUAGGAAUGCCUUGCACUAUGGGUUGAAUGAGAUACCAAAGCAAGGUGAUACUGAGAAUGAGAUUGUGAACGAAGAGAAUGAAGAAGAAAAUAUGGAUUCAACUGAAAAAGCCAGAGAACUACUAUUAUCCGGUAAGAAUAUAACUCAAGAGUCCAGUAUGGUGAUUAAAGCUUCAAAUGAGCCAGAUACAUUUGGUGAUUUCUCAUCAGAUGAGGAUUUUGACCAAUAUGAUGAAGUGCCAGUUGAAAAAUUCGGAGCAGCCUUGUUAAGAGGAAUGGGAUGGAAAGGUGAUGACAGGAAGCAAGCCAAAUCUUCCAUAGACAUUGACAAGAGGCAAAAGGGUGCAUUAGUUGGAAUCGGUGCACAGAAGGUGGAAAGUGAACUAAUAGACGAUUUAAUGGGUAAAAAUAAAAAAAUCAAUAUACCGGUUAAAAGAGUUGAUAGACAGAAUAAUGACUAA